GCCUGCAAAAUUUUUCCACGCCGCGCAUCAGGGUUCUCCCCUGUUUAGCUUCCUUUGAUCCUGAAGUGCUCUCGCUCUGGGACCAUGAUUCACUUUGUGCUUUUAAUUAGUCGGCAAGGAAAAGUAAGGCUGACAAAGUGGUAUUCACCUUAUUCUCAGAAGGAAAGAGCUAAGGUUAUCCGUGAGCUCAGUGGAGUCAUUCUUACCCGAGGUCCUAAGCUUUGUAAUUUUGUGGAUUGGAGAGGAUUCAAAGUUGUUUAUAAAAGAUAUGCUAGUCUUUACUUCUGCAUGUGCAUUGAUCAGGAUGACAAUGAAUUAGAGAUCCUUGAGAUAAUUCAUCAUUAUGUCGAAAUUCUUGACCGCUAUUUUGGCAGUGUUUGUGAGUUGGACUUGAUCUUCAACUUCCAUAAGGCUUACUAUAUAUUGGAUGAGCUCUUGAUUGCGGGGGAACUACAAGAGUCAAGCAAGAAAACAGUUGCACGACUAAUUGCCGCACAGGAUUCAUUGGUAGAAACGGCAAAGGAGCAAGCCAAUUCAAUAAGUAACAUAAUAGCACAGGCAACCAAGUAGGAUACAAGUGUGAUUGCCUUAGAGAUUGGUUAAUUUUGAUGUCUGUAUUAAAUUCUUUUGAAAUUUUGAAUUUUAAGAACUGAGAUUCAUGCCACACAUGGAGAUUCAAGACUAUAGUUGUUGAUUGCAAUCCUCAUGUAUGUGGUAUAUGCAUUUGGAAUCCAACUAUUCAAGUCUGCUGUUGUGAUGACUGUUAUAUACAAUUGGAAUGGUAUUUCAAAUUAAUGCUUGUUCUCAUA